AUUUGUAUACAGGUGUAUUUCUUCCAAUUUGUGUUUAUUUUAUUUUUUAGUUCUAGUUUUGCAGGAGCAGAGAAAACUUAGCAAUUCUCUUUGGUUGUUUCCCUCCGCUCCAGCUGGGGGCGCUAAAGGUUCACAAAAGAAGAACACGUGAGUGAAAGCAGGAAGACCCUCAAUGCUUUUUGUCGAUGGAGGAAAGUACAACUGAAAAUCCUCCUAAAACCUUCACAUGUCGCUUGUGCGGUUUUAGCACCGCGUUUACAUAUUACGGUCAGAAACCACCGAACACCAGAGCCAUUGUGCUUCUUGAGGAAUGUUUUGUCACUAGAGAUCCCUUCAGUCCUGAUAAAGAGAAGUUUCUCGUGUUAGGAUCCACCUGCAGCUUGUGCAAAACAUGCGUCUGUGUUGGAUCGGACUGCAGCCUCUUCUACACCAAGAGGUUCUGCAUGCAGUGUGUCGGCAAACACCUGGACCAGUUUCCCCAUCAGAUUCAGGCCGAGCUGGCAAAAAAGAGCCCCAAGGCAGCUGCUCUGUGACCUGAAAGCACCAGGACCGGCUCACCGGUCCUAGAAGGUCUCUGCAGCUGCCGUAAAACCGGCAAAAGAGACGUAAAGUCGAAGCCAAAAGUUUUUUUUUUUUUUUUUUGUUGACUUUUGUUAAGUUUACAGUGCAAUUGCAGCCUGUGAGGAAUAUCAAGCUGCUCUGCGGUUCACAUGGAACAGCAUCCAGCAUCCAGAUGAUGCUCCAGACGUUGUCUUGAAGAAAGUGCGAGCCUCGACAGGCGGAGCUCUUCCCGCUUCUCCCUGCCGGCUUUGCUUGGCUCAGCAGCAGGUUUAGUGUUGGAGCUGUUCUGAAAUCUUUGGGGGGCUCAGCAGCGAUGCAGUCAUCAUAUGUGGCGUGAAAACGCCUCGUUUCAACACUAUUCCGAUAUCAGACCUGACAGAUCUGCUUUUCUGAAAAACAUCAUCUGCUUUGCUUGCAUUUGUGGCACUCCUGGGUGUUAACAAACUGGAAAACAUCAGCACCAACUGAGAAAUAAAGGGAUCUCAAAUGUAGAAAAGUGUUAUUUUCAUUACUUUAGACUAGCCCGCACAAUUAAUCGCAAUUUUAUCGUUAUCGCGAUUUUAAUCGGUGCAAUGUCCACAUCGCAAAAGUCGCCGAAAAUCGCAAUAAAUGGUAAACCUUAAAUGUGCUAAAACAAUAGUAUGGCAACUUUAACUAUAUGAAUUGAAUAAAUCCCUUAAUGCAUUUGACCAAUCAGAUGGAGCCCUUCACGUUGUUGACCAAUCAGAUGGAGCUUUUAUGUUAGAUGUUGGCUUCCUAAUUAGACGAGGGCCAUUUUAGGAAUAAUUUAAGGUAUUUUGACUCUUAUUUCUAUUAAACUUUGCAGUGAAAUG